ACGGUGGUUUCCGCUAGAAGGAAAUGAUGGAGAAGGAAAGUUUCUGACGCCUCUCCGUUUGGUCGGGACUGCCCGCAGGAAACCUGGACAUCAUUUCUCUCCUUUUCUGUUUGCUCAUCCUCGGCACAGAUACUGUAAAUCUGAAAAUCUGUAUGGAUUUGGGAAUAACAGGGUCUCCGACACUGAAAUGUCUCAGGAUUGGAAAUGCAGCUCCACGCCUGGCUGUUGCUUUUUAUUAUCACAACAGAUAAAACCUUGGCCUUGUCGCUCCCCCACUGUGGUGGAAAUGUCAGCCUGGACAAAGAGCCUGCUGGUCACAUCAAUCUCACUCUACCUGGACUUUUUACUGACAUCAACAACACACUCAACCUCACGAACAACCAGUCUGUUGAAACCCCACUGCUUUCAGUUUGCACUUGGACGUUAAGUCUUCCUCAGGGUCAGACCGUAAUUUUAGAGUCAGCAUGGUUGGAAAGCGGCUCGGGUGUAUCAGUGCGUUGUGUUUGGAAAGAUAAAGAUCAGAUCCUGGAGAGUGAGGGGGCGACUCUGCUCUCUGGCUGCGAUGGAAACAAAGCCACCUUCACCUGGACAGGAGCAAAACACUCCUCACAUGUGAUUCAGCUGUUCUAUUAUGUCCAGGAAGAUGAGAGGAAUUCCUCGGAGGACCACACCAGCCCACAUUCAGGCCAGGACCUGUUGCGUUGGUCUCAGACAGGAACCAGCUUUACAGGCACAGCUCUUGUUGGUCAAGAGGCAGUGAGAGGGACCGAGAGGGGCACAGGUCGCCUCUACGAAGGUCUAGAGCAAAGUUCUGCGGCUCAGUCUGCGUCUAGUCCCUCCUCUCAGGACCAGGGUCUGCUGCUCCCCACCUCCCCCCUGCAGGGACUCAGUGUGGCUGAGAGGGCCGAUAGGGAAACUCUCCCUCUUCCUGAGGAAAGACCAAACAAUGGAGCGGAUACAUCUGGAGCUGCUCACCUCGCUGAUGCUGAAUUGUCUGCCAGAGCAAGAACACACCCCUAUUUUCAGCAUACACUCCACACAGAUACACUGUUUCACACAGCAAACACACAAACAAACACAAGAAACGAGCCCCCUCAAACCCAGAUGGCACUUAAACAUGAAAGUAGCUCCAGCACCUUGCAUGGCACAGAUAAACACAUAAAUACAGCCACUCAGACGUCUGAAAUAUCUGUAAAAACACAAGCUCACCCCACUUCAUCCAGCUCCAGCCUCCCACCUCUCACCUCUUCUCCCCCUGAGCGACCUUCCCUAACAACAUUGGAAGGUGGUACCACCUUAAUCCCACAUGGUGGAGCUGUUAGUGCAGUAUCUGGAGUGAAACUACCCCAUUCCUGGAGGAGCCAUCGAAGCACAAACAGACUUAACUUGGAUCUGAGCUCCGCCUUCACCUCUGAUCCUUUAAAAUCCCCCACAGACCCUCAGCAGGAUGGCACAAUCAGCACACACGCUGACACUGAACCCACAGCGUCAUCCUCACAGAAUCCCAGCAGGACUCAUCCAUCCACCGCCCACCUCAUAGGGCUCGACACCCCUGUUGGUACUGUGGAGGCUGCUUCGUCUCAUUUAAACAUUAGUCAAACUGACUCAUCUGUUCCAGCCGCCUCAGAUGCUACCAAUCAAACUGCAGCGUUUGAGACCUCCGAUACUUCUGAAAACACGGAAACGCUUCACACCUCUGCCACACAGACUCAAACGAACUCUCCGCAAAGCACAGAGAGCCUCACACCUCCUCACACAUCCCCUCUGCUCACUCAGACGAGCAAGGAAGAGCGGCAAACAGCAACACAAAGUACAGACAGAAAUCUUUCUAAAGCAUACAUGACAACUGAAACUGUUUCCUCUUUGCCUAAUGUUAACACAGUUGAAGAGCCGACUCUGAGUUUCACAGGUUUUUCUUCUACACCCAGAGCAGCGCUGACACUGGGGGAUGUACUCCACAUUUCAACUGCCACAGGAAUCACCACCGAAACCUACACACUGCGUCCUACUUACACACUCUUAGACAACAACUGGCCCACAAAUUCACCGACUCCUGCUCCUGUUUUGCAUUCAUCCACACCUUCAUACACGCUCAAGACACACACUACAUCUCCUGGUAGUUCACGCUUCACUCACACACUCCUGCCUUUGCCUUCAACUACCACUGAAUCCUCUACACACACACCCCUCAUUGACCACAAAAUAACAUCUAUACCCUCACAGACAGUCAAGUCACACACACCUCACACACAGAGAAACCUGCCUCUGCCUUCUUCUACAAAUGUCCCACUUACACACACACAGCCCCACAACUAUAAUACCCAGACACACACUCCUUUGCUCUCACUCACAACUGCAAAAUCAGAUUAUGAACUUGAAGAUAAAGAGGCAGAGAAAGAGGACGAGUCCUGGCAGCGGUUUCCCAGCAGCACAACUGCACAAACUCCCACAGCUGGAGCGCCAACCACACAUCCCACCCAGGAGAACCACUUGGCAAUCACACCUUCUGCUUUAACCUCAACUAUGAGCUACACAACUCAGACACCCAAGUUCUACAUUGUGCCCGACCAGCCUGCAGCCAUCAGAGUGGAGUCGAUUGAGCUGCUGCUGCAGAUUGUUGUAGAGGAGUCCAGAUCGGCUUUCACUUCUGGUUUGGAGGAAGACACUGUUGCCUGGGUGGAGCCGUACCUUCAGAGAGCCCCGGGGUUCAGCAGGCUGCUGGGAGUCUGGAGCAGUGGACAUGCAGUUCAGAGUCUGGUGGAGUUUAAAACCAGUGGGGCUCUGCAGUGGCUCGGUAUGACCGGACCCACUUCAUUACUGGAACAAACAGGACUGUCUCAGGCUGUCUGGGAUGGGAGAAGCUUCAGAUCAUCCAAGAUCACCAACAUCACACUGGGAGGUCUGCAGGGUGACGUGUGUGACUGGUUACUGCAGUGUCCAGCAGGCUACAGGGUGUGUGUCUCAGCCCGGCACUUCUAACUAUAGCUGCUCUUCUGUCUGCCACUCUGACUACUGUCACCACCACGGCAUCUGUACUCACCACCCGGGCCAACCUCCAGU